GAAUUCAAUGUCCUAGGAAUCAUUCCCCUCUCCUGCUGCUUUGUGGUGACUGAGGAAUUCAUCCAGAGCCGAGGACGUAGGAAAAAUUGGCGUUUAACUCCAGGAGGUGCAAACCCUGCAGUCUGGGGCCCUCACCUGCCUUCCUUCAUCCUCCCCCUCCAACUCCUGUCUGAGCACUGCACCUGUUCUGACUUGUCGGCCAGGUGGAGGGGAUCCUCUAGCCUUACGCUGUUUUUUCAGCUGACCCUGGCUUCAGGGUAAUUAGGAACCCUGUCUAUUCAUUUGACUGGAUUACUGCUUUGCUUUGCAUCUUUUCUUUCCGUCUGUCUCUACAACCCACCUCCCUUCCCUCCCUGUGUAUCUCUACCCCCCUCCCACUCCAUCUCUUGUCUAGAGCAGUCUGAGGCUGGUUGACACUGUGGCUGUGUGGGUAUGUGUGGAGUUGCAGAGGUUUCCCUUCUCGAGUAAAAGUGUGGAUCACAAGGAAAGAGCACACAAGGGGGCCUAAGGGUGAAAUUGAACCUUCUGGCAAUUAAACUGGAGUGAGUGUUGAACGGUUGUACAAACUCCAAACCAAAGGAUUGUGCGAGUUGGAAGAGCAGCAGGUAUGAAGAGCCAGGCUGUGACUGCUUCUGCGGCUCUGCUGGCCCUGUGCUGCCUGCUGAUGAUCCCUAGAGGAGGAGAGAGCGCUGGGGGAAUAGUUUCUCUCCGGCAGGCUGGGGAUCAGCUGCGAGACGAGUCGCUGGAUGACCCAGAAAGAGAGCAAGGACUUGUAGCAGACUUACUCCCAGAGGAGGGUGGCAUCAAGACCAAGAGAGAAGCAGAAGCCAACCAGGCAGAUAUUUUAGGCCGGGUGAGGAGGGCACCUGAUGAAGACAAGAAGAAAAAGAAGGACAAGAAGAAGAACAAAGAGCCAAAAAACCCCAAAGCCACCAAAAAGCCAAAAACCGACAAGAAGGGAAAGAAGAAGGACAAGAAGACAACAACCACAACUUUGCCCCCGACCACAACAACGAUCCCAACGGAGCCACCCUCCGAACCAUAUACAGAUUACCCCUAUCCCGAUGCCGAAACUGAUUACUGGAACCCAGAAGAUGACUACUGGGGUCCUGAGCCCACACCCUCCAGGCCAAAGCCUGAGGCUCCGAUCACAGAUCCCCCAUACGACUACUGGAAGCCAGACGCCCCCGUAACAGAUGCCUAUGAAGACUACUUUAAACCAGAUGAGGAAGACCCAGCUGCUCCUGUAACAUAUGCCUACGAUGACUAUUGGAAACCAGCAGAGAAAGAAGUGCCCACUUCAGUGCCUGCCAUCUACGAUGAUUACAUGAAACCGGACGAGACAGACCUCUACACCUCUGUGACCGAUAACUAUGACAGCUACUGGCAAGAAGUAAACCCAACGCCUGCUGCCCCUGAUACAAAGCCUGGAACAGAUGACAGCGAUUACUGGGAUGCCACAUAUGAGGUGCAACCGUCACCUGAUGGUAAAGAGGUCAGCCCAGAAAUUAAGGUGGAAAUCCUGCCAGAAGAGCCCACCGCCACCGCGCCCUAUGAGGGGACCUGGUAUGAUGAUUACGACGAGUACGGGAUGAAGAGAAAAGAAGACGAGACCGAUGAAAAGUGGAUGGAAAAAGAGCGAGAAAGAGCAGCCAAAGAGAGGGAGAGGGAAGAAAGAGAGAGAGCGCAGAAGCUAAAGGAGGCAGAGGAGAGAGCCAGGAACAGGCCGCGUGUCUUCAAAGAGCCAAAGAAGUGUCCUCCCCUGGGGAUGGAGUCUCACAAGGUCGAGCCAGAUCAGCUUUCAGCCUCUUCUAUGUCUCAGUAUCACUUUGCACCUCAGAGGGCGCGCCUAAACAUGCAGGGCUCUGAUGAUGAGGAAAACAUAAGAGGUGGAGCGUGGUGUGCAAAUUCAGAGGAUGCUAUCCACUGGUUUGAGAUAGAUGCUCGCAGGGUGACAGAGUUCACCGGAGUCAUUACUCAGGGAAGGGACUCCUUAAAUGACAAUGACUACGUGACGUCCUACUUCCUGGCUUUCAGCAAUGACAGCAGAGAGUGGACUACCAUUCACGAUGGAUACGCCGACUGGUUGUUUUUUGGAAAUAAUGAUAAGGACACCCCAGUGAUGAACCAGCUUGCGGUGCCCGUGGUGGCCCGCUACAUGCGAAUUAUCCCGCAGAGCUGGAACGGCUCUCUUUGUAUGAGGCUGGAGGUCCUAGGCUGCCCCCUGCCUGAUCCAGUUAAUGUUCUGUACAGGCAAAAUGAGGUGACUCCCGUGGACUACUUGCAGUUCAAACACCACAGCUACUCGGAGAUGGUUGAUCUUAUGAAGUCAGUGAAUGAGGAGUGCCCUAACAUCACCACCAUCUACAGCCUGGGCCGCAGCUCCAAGGGACGGGAAAUUGUUGCCAUGAUAAUCUCUGGCAACCCCACAGAGCACGAAAUAGGUGAGCCAGAGAUCCGCUUCACGGCAGGUCUCCAUGGAAAUGAGGCAGUGGGUCGGGAGAUGAUCCUGCUUCUCAUGCAGUACCUGUGCAAAGAGUAUAAAGACAGAAACCCCAGAGCCCAGCGCCUGGUGGAGGGAAUACGCAUCCACCUGGUUCCUUCGCUCAACCCUGACGGACAGGAGGAAGCUUUUGAAGCGGGAUCAGAGCUGAGCAGUUGGACCACUGGUCACUUCACCAAUGAGGGCUUUGACAUCUUCCAGAACUUCCCUGAUCUGAAUAGUAUCCUGUGGGAUGCUGAGGAUAAGGGCAUGGUGCCUAAACUCACCCCCAACCAUCAUGUGCCUAUACCAGAGCACUUUGAAGCUAAUAGUUCGAUUGCUGUGGAAACCAGGGCCAUAAUCUCCUGGAUGAAAAGCUAUCCAUUUGUGUUGGGUGCAAACUUCCAGGGUGGGGAGAGAAUUGUGGCCUAUCCUUAUGACAGCUUACGUCUCAAAAAGCCUGCUGAGAGCCAGAAACCUCAGAGCCGCAAGAAGAGACAGUAUGAGGAUGAAGGUUUUGAUGUAUCUGAGUGGGAAAGGGGCUACCAUGAGGAGCCAGUGGAAGACUGGAGAAGCAGAGGGUAUGCAGAGCCAGAAGAGGAGUGGCGGGGCCAUGGAUAUGACCAUGGUCACGACACAGGCUAUGACCAUGGUCGCGACCCUGGGUACGACCAUGGUCGCGACCCUGGGUACGACCAUGGUCGCGACACAGGCUAUGACCAUGGUCGCGACACAGGCUAUGACCAUGGUCGCGACCCUGGGUACGACCAUGGCUAUGACCCUGGGUACGACCAUGGCUACAAUCACGCGUACAACCAGGGUUAUGGGCACAGGGAGGAAGAAGACGAUGACAGAGGAAGAAGUGCAGGCUACCAUUAUGCUGAAUCUGAAGAUGAGCCCCGCGUGACUGCAGACGAAUCCCUCUUCAGGUGGCUAGCUAUCUCCUAUGCCUCCACACACCUGACCAUGACACACAGCCAUCACGGAUCUUGCCAAGGAGACACACCAGGAGGGGGUCUUGGAAUUGUCAACCGGGCCAAAUGGAAGCCAGUAACAGGCAGUAUGAAUGACUUCAGCUACCUGCACACCAACUGUUUGGAGCUGUCCAUUUUCCUCGGCUGUGAUAAGUUCCCUCAUCAGAGCGAGCUGGCGUAUGAGUGGGAGAAAAACAGAGAAGCAAUGCUCAUCUUCAUGGAGCAGGUGCAUCGCGGCAUUAGAGGGAUUGUGAAAGAUCAGCAGGGGAACCCUAUUGCAAAUGCUACUGUAUCUAUCGAGGGGAUAAAUCACGACGUGACCACAGCACCAACGGGGGAUUAUUGGCGUCUGCUUAACCCCGGGGAGUACCGCGUGACGGCUCGAGCUGAGGGCUUCUCCUCGUUGACGAAACUCUGUGUGGUGGGCUAUGAGUCGGGCGCGACUGCCUGCAGCUUCAACCUGGCCAAGUCCAACUGGGACCGCAUUAAACAGAUUAUGGCCCUCCACGGCAACAAGCCAAUUCGAAUUGCCUACAGCAAUAGCAGAGUACAGUACACCACAGUCAACAAUGGCCAAAGGAGUGUGAUCGGUACCAGUAAUGGUUCUUCCACAAAUUCUCGACUCAGUCCUGAGCAGCGACGGAAGCGCAAGAUCGCUCUCAUCCGUCGUCUUCGCCAGAAGAAAUUAAUGAAGGCCAUGUCGAUGAGAACGACGUUACCCCCUACAACAACCACAAUUCCCACAACAACAGAGGCCACCACAUCCUGGUAUGAAUCUUGGGUCUGGGGAGAGGGACAGUCCUCAACUCCUGGCGGCUUCACAGACUCCAUCAUGGACUAUGACUACAAGAUCAGUGACUAUUAAAGAAAACACAAGUUGCUUGUUUCAAGUAAACCACCGUCCUCUCUUAACUGUAGUUCACGUUGCCGUGUUGUACUUAGAGCUGGCUGAAGAAUCAAAUUAGGGCUCUCGUCUUUGUACGACGUAAGCAAUGGGAAUGUACAGAAUAUCAGCUAUAUUAAAAUAGUACAUCUGUUAAUCAACAUUUGAAAUAGGUCACUUCACAGAAAUGGAACCAUUUUAUAGAUUUUUUUUCCAAAGAUCACACUUCAUUAUUCUCUGACUCGUUCAAUCACUUCUACGAAUGCUUCGUGAAAAGAAGUUUAUUGUGGAUGCACAUAAGAAAAACAGUUAUUUACACGAUCUUCACAUAUGGCAGAAAUAUUUUUAGUGUGAACAUUCAGUAAAUGUGGGAGAAGUUGGUAACAGAUGAAGGAGUACAGAGGUUUUUAUCAUGUUUUCUCAGACACAGAUGGGUUAGAAGAGUUAUUUUUCAAAUAAAGGCUUCUUAUUAAACCA